UACACGGCCGCCAUCACCAUCCGUCCCAUCCUAUAGUAAACUCCAAAGCAGUCCCCGAUCUGUCUCCGUGUGUGUUAGUUAGGGAAUCGUGUUUUACCGGUGCUUCUAGCUUCUCUACUCGGCGCGAGGCUGCUAGUAACGCACCGAAUCGUUUCUCGCCUCGUUACCUGGCCUCUGCGCUCUCGCUAUCUCUCUACUAUGUCUUGACACCGCCAUCCCGCGUCUCGCACUCUUUUCGCUUCUCUUAUCUCCCGUUCCUGGCCUCGCGCUACCGUAUCGUAUAUCGUAUUCGUCUCUCCCCCCUCCCGUUCCCCCUCGCCCCUUUCUCUCGUCCGUCUCGCGCGCGUAAUCGCCCGCCGUCUCUCGUUGUCCGUCUUUUGUCGUAUCGAGAGAGAUCGUAGUCAGGGACUGUCGGGAGUGAAGUUCCCUUUUCUCCUUUUCUAUCGCGAACGGGAGUCUUAAUCGAGAAGGUGAAGGUGAUAAAGAAGGUGAAGAGGUGUGGAGGAGGGGAUAAAAGAGAAGAAGAUGGAAGAGGAGAAGAAGGAGGAAACGACGCGAGAAGAGUAAGGAAAAAGGAGCAUUUUUUUGUGCGCGAUAUUCCCGUGAAUAUAUACCCGAGCUGCCUCUCCCUUUUCUCUCUUUUUCCCUCUCUACCUUGUUGCGUUUCUCGCUCCCUUUCGUACACUCGCCUCCUCUUUCUCUCUCUCUCUCUCUUUUCGACGUUUCCGCGACAUACGCGCGCGGGAGUGCAAUGAUUAUUUACAAAGCGUAGUUGGCCGCGAUCGUCGCGUUUCAACCGUCCACCGUCUCGACGAGACACGAAGAAGAGACGCCGAGAGAUAUCACUCGUGUACGAGUCACACGCAAUCGAGACUGACGUUUCGACUCCCUCUCGUGGAUCACAAAAGUCACCUGGAAUCUCCGAGAUAACUCACCGUACAAAACUACGUCUCUCUGCGUCUCGUCCUGAUACAUCGGUCGCAUCCUCGAAUCUUUGAACAAGAGGAACGGAGCGGAAACGAGACGCUUUUCGCGACGACGUCUGGAACUUGUCCGUCCCGUCAGUUUCGCACCUCCACAUCGAGCCUUCUCCGCAAGAGUACAUCUUCACCUCGACCUGAGGACGGCCUGGAAUUCUCCCCGCGGACGACGAUUGCGACGCACGUGUCUUCGAUGUCCGUAACCGGUAUCGGUCGCGCGUCGUCGCCUCGUAGUGCCUCCACCUCGUUCUCCACCUCGUGGCCGACGUAGCCGUCGAUCGGGUUACGGCAGUCGCGUCGCGAUCAUGAGAUGAGCGGUUCAUCUCGGUGCGUACUUGAAGCGCCAGAUCGUAGGACCGAGGUGGCGAAGGGAGGACAGAUGAGCGAAUAACAAAGGAGCGAUAGCUAAGGUGGACUUGAUCCGCAGCGGUUCAAAGUACGCGAGAGGAGCGAAGGGAGAAAGAGAAGUUGCAGCGAUGACGAUGCGCCGCUGUGCCUUAGAAUGCCGUUGGACAACGAACUCGUCGUCGUGAGGCGAGGAUCGAGCUGACGUAUCACGCCGGAGAACGGAACCUGGCCGCGACGUCGACGAGCCGAAGCCGGAACUGGAGGAGGAGGAGGAGGAGGAAGAGGAGGAAGAGGAGCCGCCGGACGUAACCCCCGAGGCACCGGCUCGCACGAAUAUGAGCAUGACUCUCGUCCGAAAUUCGUUCAAGGGCUGCAGCGAGGACGACGCAGGUGUCGUGGAUACAAAGGUGGGCGGAGGUUGCGCGGGUGAAGCGCCAACCGCAGGAGGUGGCGAUGUUGCCGGCGAUGGAGGUGGUGGUAGCGGUGGAACGCGCGGGGAUGGUGGUGGCGACAGCGAGGGCGGAUCAUCCGCGAAGCAGCAGCAGCAUCAGGGUGGCGAAAGGUGCCCUCAGUGCGGCAUCCUCUGUCGGGACGCCCAUGUCCUGCAGCUUCACCUCGAGGACACGCACAAAACGUCCUAUACCAUCGAUAAGCACGAUCUCAACGCCCAGUUUUCCCAAGUGUCUUGCAAGGUGUGUAGCAAAACCUUUGCCAACGUCUACCGGUUACAAAGGCACAUGAUUAGUCAUGACGAAAGUGCCGUUUUACGAAAGUUCAAGUGUCCUCAUUGUGAAAAGGCCUUCAAAUUCAAGCAUCACCUUAAGGAACACCUGCGCAUUCACAGCGGUGAGAAGCCAUUCCAAUGUAACAAUUGCGGCAAACGUUUCUCUCACUCUGGUUCGUAUUCGAGCCAUAUGACGGCAAAGAAGUGUUUGAUAAUGAAUCUAAAAAAGUCAAGACAAAAUACUAUAAGUAAUGUCGAUCGGGGACCGAAAAAGACGCAUCAACCGUUAUCGGGACGACGUGAGGUUGAUCUGUUGACAGCCAAUAAUAACACAUUCCUGCCGAUUUUGCCGAAAUUGUCACCUUCGGAUUAUCAAGAAAUACAAAGGGAAGCUGCAGCAGGUAUUUAUGAUGUACCAACCUUGCUGCCUCAGAUGAUGGGAUACGGAAAUUAUAUCCUGCAGUCUUCGAUAGGAAAGUUACUGAAUCAAUUGCACUCUAAGCGGCUCGAUGAAAUCGCUGAACAGUUUGAGACGCAUCGGGAAGUGAUGAGUCCAUCAACAGCGGACUCCGAGGGAACCGAGGGCACUGAGGGUAAAGAGUCUCCCGCGCCAGCGGAUCCAAUGCAGAGUCUCGAUGCUGUUCGGCGAAUUCUAGAGACUGUAAAUACUUCCGUGACGAAACAGCUACUUGAAGCGAAUGUGCGGAAACUCUCCACGUCUCCAGCAAUGAAGCGAGAACUUGAGGAAGAUUAUCAGGAUCAAGAUAGUGAAAUGUCCAGUGAGAUGACGCAUUAUCCAGAUUGGACCGCAUCGGACCAAUACGACUCGCAGAGCGAGGGUUUAGCUGCGAAAUUAGAAAAUAUCAAUCAUCCGACAUCGAGAUCAGUCAAUAAGAGAAAGAUGGAGGACAGUUCUGAGGUAGAUUCGGAGGACGAAGAUGAGAGCAACCACACUCACAACGACAACGGUAGAAGGGUUAGAGCUAGGUCGCUCAUAGAUGAUGAACAAUUGGCCAUUUUGAAAGGUUACUACUCUAUCAAUCCGCGACCUAAAAAGGAGGAGAUCAUCAUGAUCGCUAACUGUAUAAAUUUCCCCACUCGUGUGGUGCAGGUUUGGUUUCAAAAUUCUCGAGCCCGGGAUCGAAGAGAAUCAAAAAUGCCACCGGCUUUGGUACCUUUAACUCUGGGAAAUCAAACUGUUAUCGAGCAGCCUUUGGAUCUGUCUAAAAAAGAAGCACUUGUUGCAUCAACGACCAAAGAAAACGAUAUAUCGAGUAGAAAUACCUCGUCUCCUUGUGAGCAAAAGGAUGAUAAUCCAGCUCCAAAUAUUGACAACGACGAUCUCGAGGAUUCGCCUCUCGUUAUAGACGAAGAGACUGCUACUGAUUCUAUUGAACCAAAGCGUACACCUACAAAUGGAGAGAUAAUUACAAAGAAUCAAAAUCAAAUAAAUACGAAAGGUGAAAGUGAAAUUGCACCUCAAUUGGAAGCAACCCCUGUAGCAGCAGAAAUCGAGCAGGGUCUUUAUUCCUGUGAUCGGUGCGACAAAACAUUCUCCAAACAUAGUUCUCUUAUGAGACACAAGUAUGAACAUUCCGGGCAAAGGCCGUACAAAUGCGUGGAGUGUCCAAGAGCGUUCAAGCACAAGCAUCAUCUGACUGAACACAAGCGGCUACACAGCGGCGAAAAACCUUUCCAGUGCUCCAAGUGCCUCAAGCGCUUUUCUCACUCCGGCUCCUAUAGCCAGCACAUGAAUCAUCGUUACUCUUAUUGCAAGCCCUACAGAGAAUAGAAAUGCUCCACCUGCUCAUCUAAAGUUCGCUCGCUUAUCUAGAUUAAUAUAUGCAGUUCUUUUUUUGUCUUACGUUUAGAAUCCCUUCUUCUCUAUGCGAAUUUUUCCUCCGAGAUUUUUAUGUCUUAUGAGAAACCGCUAGAACGCCUUCAUACUUUCCUCUCGCAUGAACUUUAAAGGGAGCCGCGCGACGUUUCAUACGAAGCUAUAAUAUAAAUAUAUAGAUAUAUAUAUAUAAGAUGCUGCGCGCGACAUCACAUUACAAAACCAUGGCAUUUUAUUGAUGAUCGGUUCGUACUUCGAAAAAAAGAAAAACCUGAAAAAUGGUUUAAGCGAGAAAUCGAAAAUAAAGAUUAGAAUUUGUGAUUGAGAAUAUGAAAGACAUUCAUAAUGUCUUUCUUGUAUCGCCUGUGUAUGCAUGUGUGUUAACCGGUUUUAGAUUUAAAAUUAAGAAACGAUACCGGUGAAAAAAAUAGAAACGAAAAGAAACUAUUCGCGAUAAGUGGCGUUGACAAAUAAACCAAACGCAUGUAACGGUACCAAAAAAGCAUAAUGCAAUAAUCUAUUAUAUAUAUAUUAUAUAAUAUACAUAAUAUUUUAGUAUUUUUAUUAACAAAAUAUUAUAUAUAUCAUGACAAUAAUAAAAAACUAAUUAAUGUACAAAUUUGUUAGCCACGUCCGAAGAGCGUAUGUAGAGCGCGAUAUCCAUUCGUAAAAUUAAUGUUAAUAUGUAAACUAGGUUCGACGUUAAAUGAAAGAUAAAAAAGAAUGUUCAUCUUUGAAGCAAUUUUUGCAAACUAAUGCCAUGUGCGUAUUUCGACAUGUAAUUUCUAAAAGUUAAAUUCCAAAGAUAAUUCGAAUUUAUGAGAAUGGAAAUCGCGCAUAAUGUAAAACGAAUGCUCGUUCUACACAGGUAAAGAAAGAGAUAUUGAGUUUACCGAAUCAAAUAUAUCUGACAGCUUAAUUGAGCUUAACAUUAAAAGACUUCGUCGGGCGUAAAGACGAAGAUUAGAAUCUCAUGUUCCGCCUCUCUACAAUGAAUAACUUCACUUGAUGAGAAAAGGCUAUAUUAUUAUUAUAUUACUAUUAUUAUUAUACAUUAUUGUAUAUGUAGAAAGAAAGAAUGAAAUAAGGAGAGAGAGAGAGAGAGAAAACGUGAAAUUUAAGGGCCAUGCGGGUCGGUGAUUGAUGUCAUGCGAGAUAUAUUCUUUUUAAUUCUAUUGUACUUACAAGGUGGCAAGUCGAUAAUGUAUUAUUCCUAUAAUACAACGUGAUUAUUUGAGACGAUGCAAAUACGUAGUACAUAGUAAAAUGCGCUACACAUUCCGCGAGGAUCCAUUUUCUCAGGGCCUCUUCGUUUUAUUUAUCACUUUUUCCUCUUGCAACGAAUAGCACCGCGUGGCACCUUUCAUCGAAAUCCCGAUUUUGUUUCUGCAAUAUAGCACAAACAACUUCCCGAAGCGUGCGACAUAUGUGUUUCAUCUGGCAAGUAGAUCGAUAAUUUCGAUGGACCUGAAUAAUACAGAAAUUCGAAAAAGAUGUUUAUAAAAGAAAUUCUAAAAAAAGAGUAUCCAAAGCAUUAGAUUGUCUUUGUGUCUUUUGUAUUGACAAUACAAAGAUGUCUUGUAUUUCAAUGCUAUUGUAUAAGAAGUCUUUGUAUUGAAAAUCCAAAGAUUUGUCGAAAAGAUGCGAUGAAGGAUAACGCGCAUCAAAACCUCGCAAUAAUCUUUUCACCGAAAUCCGAGGCCCGAAUAACAAUAACACCUAAAUAUGAUAUUAAAUGCUUCCAACAUUUACUAUUAAAAUUAUAUUAUGACGUUUAUAUGAUUUUAUUCGUUCGGACGCGUAUAGAUAAGAACGUAUAUUAUAUAUAUAUACAUAUAUAUAUACUCUACAGAUUGAUAAUACUCGAGAAUGUAUUUUAUAACAGUUUAUGCGUCUUUUUAUUUACACGAGUACUACAAGUGAUAAGUGAUAUUGUUAUUGAUAAAGAAGAUGAGAAAAAAUAUGAGAUACAGAUAUUACCGUAUUAUUAAAAUUUUGUGCCAGUUGUGUGCGGCAUACGGCAAACCGGUACGUCCUUGACGUUUCGUGUGUAUAGAAGCUUCGGUUAUCCGCGACAGGCAUCGUGUACCACUACCAUUCUACGAAAGAAAAAAAAAGAAAGAUGAAAAAUGGGCAGAUAUAAUGCUUAUAAUACUCAUUUAUUAUAGUGUUAAUAUAUGAUUAUAUAAGAAAUAUAUUUUUAUAUAAUUAUAAUGUAAUAUUAUACGGAUACGAGAUAGUACACUAAUUGAUCGAGCAGCGACUAAUUCGACUGCAACGGAUCUCUUCCUUACAUCCGACACAUAGAAUUAUUGUAAUUUCUCUUUAUCGGCGCGAAAAAAAAACUAUUCUCGCUCGUUCCCCUUUAUAGUCAGCAACGAUUAUUAAUUGCAUUUUAUUUAGUUACAAGCGACAAGCUAGUUACAAGUUCCUAAUUGUAUCUAUUCGUUAAAAAAUUCAAUGGAUAUUUUAAAUGACAUUUCGUUCCUCAAUGUUUUUAUAUUUUUUUUAUUUUAUAAUAAUGUUUAAACUCUUCCUUUUAGUCUGUUGUAACUUCUGUGUCUCGUUUCUUUUGAGUUUAGUACGUAAUUGAAUCGUUCGAGUCCGUUCUACUUUAUAUUUAUAUUAAGAAUUGAAGAUGAUAUAUAAUUUUGAUAACUUUAGUUACAUAAACUCGAUUUCGAACUCAAUAAAAUUAUAUUGUUGUCACAAUCCUCUAUCUUCGCUCUUCGAGUAACUUUUUAAGUGAUUUCACGACCAACAAUGGGUUAAGACAUCAAGAGGGAAAGGCAGGAAACUUACGAAGACAAUAUUAUAUAUAUACGUAUAUAGAUAUUAUAUAUAUAAAAUAUAUUAUAUUAUAUUACAUUUCUCUCCUCUGAUUCGGGAGCUUUUGCGACCCGCUUGCCUCAAUAUAUGUACGUACUACUGAAUAACGAAAAAAAAAACUUAUGUAAGUCGCGCCAGCUUUUGUGCAUCGACAUUAUCUCCCGAACGAACAAUAACGAGAUAAAACAAAAAGAAAAGCAACAGCGAAGAUAAUAACUAGAAAGAUAAUAAGCGGAAAAGGGAAAAGAUAAGAGCGAUGAAAAUUGUUAUGAUUGUUGAAGCAACGAUUUAAUAAGCACCAUACGAUGCCUUCCGUGAACGACCGAGCUUGCCUAGUGUUGCCAAGAUAAACGAAAAAUUACAUAAAUGUUAGUGCGACAUCGUCGUCGAAAACAGAAUUACCUUCACGAUAUUCCUUAAUUGCACUAUCUUCGCUUUUAUUUUCGUUCGCCAGAGAUUGGUAAAGGACGUAAAGAAUAAAUUAUUACGAAUUUUCCUCACAAAUAGCAAUUAAGAAGACAAGUAGCAAAGAUCCUAUUUUAUUACACUUCUCCCCUUUUUUUUUCUUUUCUACAGUCUGCGAAAUAAAUUACGGAUCGAUUAUGCAUAUAGGAGUUUCGUGAAGCGUACGAGAAUUUUCAGAUUUAUUGUACUCAAUGAAUACUAUAUGGUCAUGCCAUUGAGCUUUUCAUUGACUUAUAUAUUAUAUAUAAAUACCAAAAAUGAAUUGUAUAUAUUAUAUAUAUAAAUACUCGAAAACAAAAAUACUGCAGACAAUAAUGUACUGUUUCUUUUUUAGAGAUUAGACGGCGUAAGCACAUAUUACACUAGUAUACAUAAAUAUAUAUAAAUAUUGUAGACAUAUAAAAGAAGAUAA